AAAACGACACGACGUCGUCUUGUAAAUCCACACUCACACCAUUAUAUCAUACCAAAGUUCCAAUCUUUCUUUCUUCUUCUAAUUUUCAUCUCACAGUUCAAUCUCAAGAAAUGCUUCACUCUCUUGUGCAAACCUCCUCCUCAUCAUCUUCAUGGCUUUCAUUUUCAUCCAACUACUUCCACAUUCCAAGCUAUUCUACUCUUUUGCCCAAGACCCUUUUCCCAGAUACCCUCAAAACACUGUUACUCUAUUCAAGUAAAAGAUCAUCACUUGGGUCUACACUCAAAUCAAGAAAGUCCUCCUCUUCACUUACCAUAUCUACUGCUGCUACUAUUCAGGCUUCUCUGCUUGAGUCCCCAGUUUUAUGGGCUGGCCGGAUUUGUAUCUUCUAUGCCCUUUUGAAGGCUGGUUUAGUUGGAUCUCAGGCUAAUCCACUUGUUUCAGAUUUGCAAAGUGGUGAAGAUGGUGAUGGUGUUGGUGGUGAAACUGGUGAUAUGGGUUUCUCUAAGUGGAUGAAUAGCAUAAAAGGGAAACCAGUAAAAGAAGCAGCUGAUAGAAGGAAAUUAGUGAGUAAAUGGCAUCCCACAACAAAAGGAACACUCAAAAGGAACUACAGGGUGCCAUCUAAAUCCGAAGGAAGGCGUCUUCUCAAAGCCAUCGCUUCCUUAUUGUCAGACGACGAUCACUUUGUAGAUGCAUCUUCCCACAAGGGUUGUCAAAUUCGAAGGGAGAGUGCUCAUGGAGAGAGUGUCUGUUGCAACAACGUGAGGGCGCUGUUUGAUGAGCUCCCAACUCCACACUUAUUUGUGGAAAUCACUCCAUUCCCAGAAGGGCCUCUCACAGAAAAGGAUUACACCAAAGCUGAGAAAUUGGAGAGGGUACUUAGGACUGGUCCUUCGAUUUGAUUCCUCUCUUGAUUGAAUCGUCACCUUAUGUAUGUUUGAGUUGUACAUAUGAACAAAAGUUUGCUGGCAUUUUAUCUGAAACAUAGCAAGCUUCCUUCAAUUGACAGUUUUCCUUUUACACUUACCUAAUGACUAGCAGCUUUCAGAUUUA